AUGUCUCACUCUCACGAGAUCACCCCCAGCAAAACGCUUGCUGAGUUGACUGCUCUUGACAAAGAAGAUGAAUCGCUGCAGCGAUGGAAACAAUCUCUAGGACUCAACCCCGGCGGUGGAGCGAAUGGUCCCAAAAAGGUUGUACUCAAGUCGCUCUUCCUCAUCUCUCCCACUCUACCAAAUCAAAUCAAUAUCGAUCUCACGCGACCACCUGCUGAGCUAGCAAAGCUAAAGAAAGAGCCCAUGAUCAUUAAAGAAGGAGUGGAAUAUUCUGUAGGAAUUACUUUUGUUGUGGAGAAUGAGAUCGUAUCGGGAUUAAAGUACCUUCAAGUGGUGAAACGGGCGGGAUUGACUGUCGACAAAACAGAGGCCAUGCUUGGGUCGUAUGGUCCGCAAGCAGAGGCUUACACCAAGAUUUUCGCCUCUGAAGAAUCUCCGUCAGGCAUGUUGGCUAGAUCCGGGGCGUAUGUCGUCAGAUCACGCGUUGUGGAUGAUGAUAAACACGUUUGGCUGGACUUCGAAUGGGGUUUUAAGCUUGGGAAAGAAUGGUAA